CCACCUCUGCCUCCUCCAGGAUCACAGGAGCUCCACACAGCGUCAAGACACCAUGGAUUCACUCAGUGGACCAAUCAGCCACUUCGCAGUCGAUCUGUACCAACAGAUCAGACGGACAUCAACUGGGAAGAAUAUCUUCUACUCCCCCCUCAGCAUCAUGUCAGCCUUGGGCAUGACUUACUUGGGGUCCCGAGGAAACACUGCUGCACAACUUCAGAAGGCCCUUCACUUUAAAAAGGUCGCAGAGAACCCAACAGGAGGAGCCACAGCAGAUCCGGCUGAAAAUCCAGAAAAUCAUCAGUUUCAAAAGCUUCUGACUGAAUUAAACAAACCCACCGAUGCCUAUGAGCUGAGCGUCGCCAACAGGUUCUAUGGCAGAAAGGAGUUUCCCUUCCUUCAG